UUUCACGGGGCACUAUUACCUGUGACACUCACCACUCGUCAAUAGAACAAACGGUAGAACAUGGAGUCUGUACUCAGAACAUCAACUCUCCCUGUUGUGUGUCUUCUAGUUGUACACUAUGUAGCAGGGAUUCACGGCGCCGCGGCUUGUGACAGUCCACAUGUAGACAACGAGAGGCCAGUUAAUGUAACAGAAGAGGAGUAUGCCAAGUACUGUUGUAGCGCGAUCAAAAAACGGUUCAUCCAACUCAACCUCCCGGUUCGACUGUGCCUCGGAAGGCGGGUGUUGCGGAGAAGUCGACGAGCAGUACUGCUGUGGAAACAUAUCCUCUCUUGCGCUGGGUUUAUGCUUUGCGGGAUUUGUCAUGGUCUUUUUGUUCUGCGUAUUCACGAUCAACGUGUGCUACUGUCUCAAGUCCGCAGAUAGAGGCAAGCCAUUAGACAUAAGACGGAACAGCGGCACAAGCACUAACUACAGUUUAGGGGGUUCUUUCAGGAUUCCCCGACCGAGUGUUUACAGGACUUCCCGACCAAGUAUCAUUUUUGUCCUCCGCCGUAAACCCCACACCGACCCUGUAUCUACCAUCGUAAUGCCCCCCACAGUGCCCCCUGCAUAUGUUCCAGAUGUUCCACCAGAUGCCCCACCACCAUCCUAUACUGAAGUCAUACGAAAUCCACAUGUAUUCCCCAGUACUGAAAAAGGCAACGCUAUAUAUACUGUUUGAGUAUAUGAGGAGUAAGUGAGCUUAGUUUUUGCCGCCUUUAGCAAUAUUCCAGCAAUAUCACGGCGGGGGACACAAGAUAUUGUGUUUACAGAUUGUACCCAUGUGGGGAAUCGAACCCGGGUCCUCCACAUGACUAUCGAACGCUCCAGCCACUUGGCUACACCUUAUAUUGGCACUGAUUAAGCGAACUUGUCAGCACUAUAUAAUCAGAUACUCAGAAAUAUCGUCGAUGGAAUCAGUAUUAACGAUUAUCGAUAUGCAAAUUAUGUACUCGAAAAUAUCAUAAAUGUGAUGAAAUACUUUUACAAUUUACUCAGAAAAUACACAAAGGUAGAGUUUUAUACAUGGAUUGCUCCUGAAGUAAGUUCAGGACGGCUGGUAAUCCAAGUCUUAAUAUGUCACCACUCACCACUGUUGUGAAAUAUGUUGAUUUCUUUCAUAUUUUUUAGUCAUUUUUGCUCAGUGUUACUUCUCCGAUAUUUAUCGAUAAUCGAUCGAUAUUCAUUUAACGAUAGUACUAUAGUGUGGGUCCUGACAUCCUACAUUUCCUGGAUCCAGCCGAAUCCUAAUUAUUUAUGCAUGAUAUCUCAUAAAUAUGCAAGUUGAUGCAUUACGUCACAGGUCA